AUGGCGACCACGACCGCCGCCUUUCCGCUGGCAACAGAGGAUCCUUACACGGGAGGACAGGAUGCCAGUGCUGGCUCUGCGAAUUCAGGAGGUGCCGUAGACGACGCGGCUGGCGCAUCUGGUGGUACUUCGGGCGCAGUCGAACUGUCCCACGGUGCUUUGGUCGCAAUCAUUGUUGUUGUAGUGGUUGUUGCCAUUGGUGGUAUUGCAUCCGCCGUUUUAUUCUAUUUGGCCAAGAAGAGGGAGUGGAAGGUCAGAGAAAGUAUACGCCGCUCGGCCAAGAAGGUCGUGACGGCUCUGACGCCUCGCCGCUCCGAGUUUCCGAGAUCAGUCAAGGAGUCUGGAAGAACCUCGCGAGGCCGCACUCGAUUGGAUGAUGUACCUCCCACCCCACGCCUGCGACCAGAAGAUAUCGAAAAGGGUCUUGCUGCAAAGAUUCGACAAAGCCCGGACAGUAGAAAGAGUUCUCGAAAGUGGGGCCACAAGUAA